AUGAGCAUCACUGUCCUAGCAUCUGGAACGACUUCCCUGAACCCGAUCUUCAGCGCCUACGAGGAUCCCUACACCGAGCGAGCCUGGAGUUUUCUCCCCGAAGAUGGCGGCAGCCUUCAUCAGGAGGGUGUCUGCAACGAGAGCACCUUGGCCAAGACCUGGGGCAUCGCCGUCGCCAGCUGCAAAGGCUGCAAGUCGCCGAGUGACACCACCGUCGGCCAGGACAACUUCGCAGUGGCCCAGCUGUCCUGCGGCUGGAAAGCACUUUGUGUCUUUGAUGGACAUGGCCUCAAUGGCCACUGGCCUGCCCUGCGGGCUGCACAGACGAUGCCGUAUUUCCUGCAGCAGGCGCCCUGCUCGGAUGCCCUGAAGUGCGGGCAAGUCGCGGCGGCCUUGACCUCUGCGUUUCGCAGUGUGCAGGAGGAGAUGGAGGCUGCGGCGGUCCUCCAAGAGCAUGACCUCCACCUUUGCGGAGCUACAGGUACCGUGGCGCUGAUUGCUCCAGGUGGCAAGUCUGUGUGGGUGGCCACGGUCGGAGACUCCCGAGCUAUGCUCAUGCAAGGUGAGACCAACACUGUGUAUCAGACAUCUGAUCACAAAGUGUCGCGAGACGAUGAAGCUGCACGCAUCAAGAAGGCCGGUGGCAAAGUCGUCAUUUCCGAAUAUGCAGCGGCUAGACUGGUAGACUACGCGGAUCUACGCGGGGAGCAUUGGUGCAGCGGUUUUGGCAACGAGCAGCAGAAGGGGGAAGAAGAGGAUGUCUUGUGUUCAGGUUGUUGGGCUGCGUGUCAGCUUUUGGGAAUCAUGAUGUCCAGUUGUGGCGACAGGUAUACCAUCGACCGGUCCUUCAAGAGCAAUCUGGAUCCCGGAAAGUACAUCCUUUUGAAAGACUUUCAUUUCACUGCUCUAAGGGUAUUCGAAUGUGGAUGCUGCCUGCACGGUCUGAACAACAAGCCUCAAGAUGCUGUUGAGACGACGGUGUCUCCGGUGGAUGUUACAUCAUACGAAGCAGUCUUCCACGUGUCACGCCUUGUCACCGUAUCCAAUGAUGUUUCCCUUUGCAUCGACUUUCUCAAAAGUUGCGAUGCGCUGCUUUCCUACCGUCAUCUUCCCACCUCGAAGGUGUCCUUGGCUGGCGUCCGGCUACCCUCUCCUGAGUACGGUAUCAUUUUCGCGUGCAUUGCUGUUGCCGCGGUGUGGUCACCUUUCGCAGGCAUUGGUACUGGGCUGGCACUUAGCAUCUUCGAGUUCUUGUGGCAAAGCUCGCAGGGGACUCCAGUGAGUGGCGUGAGCUCCGGACACCUGAGCAUGGGUCGUACGAAGCGCCCUGUUUGGGAGCUUCGUGUCCUACGAAAGGAAGGAGACCGAAUUGUGUUGCUCUUCCUGCAGGGUCGGCUUUUCUUCGGCUCCGCUGAGCAAGUUUCGCAAGUCUUGAACACCGCCACCGACGAAUGCGGUCUCAAUCUGGCGGUCGCCCGUAUUUUUUUCAAUGAUCUCUCAGUCAGGCGGCAGUGCGAUGCCCAGUUGCCAGAUGCGGCCAAGAAAGCCUGUGGCACGGACUGGAAGGAUGCGACGUCGAAGAAUGUGAUUUGUCUUCGGGAACGAUGGACCGCCAUGGCGGGGGACCGCCAGGGCGGGGGUGUUUUCGGUAGCAGACAAGAUGUCGAUUCCAUGACCCUUGGAUUCAGCACAACCUUGGAAACGUUCGGUGCUUUGUGUUCCUUAAACAAAUCGGCUCUGACCAUGCUUACGACGGCAUCCGCUGUGGAAAGACAUGUGGGCGCAGCGUGGUGUCAGGAUGUUGCCGGUAACGCUGGACACGGCCGCGUAGCAGACUUCCGCAGACCUGUCUCCAAUCUGCUGAUCUUCCUGCAGCUGGACAAUCACAACGGCGCGUGUGCGACAGGACGAAGACUAACUAUGGGCGGCGCUGUUUCCGAACAACAAGUCGUCGAUAUGUCGGGCGUAAACGAGGCGAUCGCCGUGAAUGUAGAAAUUCGACGUGUGCAAGCCUGCGAUGUCCAGCAAAUGCAUAGCCGCGACCGGCAUGCACAAACCUUCUCUGGCAGACUAGAGGGCGGACGUAGCAGCUCGCGCGCCGAUCACUUCAGGCUACCAGAGGCACAUGACGACUUGAACAUGUCUCAUCCUGUGGCGGAUGAGAGGGGUCCGGUGAUCUCAGUGGAGAAGGCCUUCCGCAGUGGCGUCCAUGUCUUCUUCAGCCGAAUGUCGCCAGACGUCUUCCAGGAGCUCUCCAUGGCUGGAGCAAUCAAGUCACCGGACCCCGCCCUGCGCCAGGUCCUCCAAGACCGCGGCGUAGACAUUGCCACCGAAGAGCUUAAGAUGUUUGAAGAUUUCGAGACGGACUUGGAUGCCGAGUCCUGCCAGGGAACCAGUGGACGGCUGCACCGACGGAUGACAUGCAACUUCCGCCCGUUGGGCGCGGGUGCAUUUGAUGCGUUCGACACCGAGUCUGAUGCCUUGGACUAUUGCAACGAUUUGCUGCUGGGAGAGUACUGCUACAAUGCUCAUGUUGAGGAGUACAAGAGCGCCUAUAGACGAGCUUGUCAGCAAGGCGAGCGUCUUUCCGAGCAAGCUUUUGAAGACAUGAACUUCGUCCCUCGCGGCACGCUGGCGAGGCUCCAGCCACUAUGCCGAGUUCGUAAUGGGCUGCCCCAUUAUACGAGCCUUUCGCACGACCAAGAGCCCACGUUGUACUUGAUCUUGCGGGGCGCCAUCGCCCAGCUUGAGCAGAUCGGGGAGGACAUCACGGUCGCCAGAAGUGGCAAGCUUCACGCCGAGGUGAAGGGCUUCACUGGUAGAGGCAACAAGCGCUUGAGAGCUCGGUACCCCCCGGGGCAUAUCGUGGGAAAGACUUCCUUCUUUCUGCACGGUGAGGACGGUCUUGUAGAUCAAAAGGUGCUGCCCAUGCUGCAGGUAUCAUCGCGCAUGUCCGGGUAUGCAGAGGUCUGGGAGCUAAGCCGCUCUUCUUGGGAUAAAAUGCCCGAAGACCUCAAGAGCAUCAUGGAGGGGCUUAUGUUGUUUCAGCUGGCGGAUGAUCGGCAGCACUCGCUUCUAAUUGAGUGA